AUGAAACUAAGUGAUUCAACUAUAUUAACAGUAACUACAAUUGGUGCAGCUUUAGCUGCUCUUUUUGCUUUAAUUGGUUUAACAACACCAAAAUGGUUAAGAAGUGGUUAUGGUCUUUGGAAUUGUAAUAAUGUUUGUUCAACAUCUACUGCUGUUCUCACUGUUUUGGCUCUAAUUUUUCUUGUUAUUAGCUCUAUCUUGUUAAUUAUUCUUCUUAUGCGUUUAUUUCCUCGAAAAUUACGUUUUGUACCAUUAGGUUUACUUAUUAUUGCAACACUUUUUCUUUUAAUUUCUACUGCAACUUAUUUACGUCAAUUUCGAGUUAUUGGCUAUAGUUUUGAAUUAAUUGUUACCGCUCAUGCAUUUGCAUUUUUAGCAUCUGUUCUAUUAGCUUUCUGGUAUGGUACAACAGUGAAUGAUAAACCAGCAAUACGAUCUACAGUUCUAACACCAACAAUAGUUCUACCAUCUUCAUAA